AUGGAUUCACUUCCACGUAACGGCACAUAUCGAGUCCAUUCAUUUCACCUCAAUAUCAAUGAAGGCGACUCUGCAAUUCACGUCCUUGCCCAACAUGUAGUAUCGGAUUCAGAUUCAAGUGAAAAAAUAAGCGCCAUAAAGAGUGCAGUCCUGGUAGAUGGUGGCCGGGAAAGUUAUGCCGAUAAUAUACCACAAUGCUGGAAAAUGAUUAAUUCGUCUCUAGGUUACGAAUCUACUGGUGACGCUCCAUACUUCGAUGCCAUUGUCAUAACGCAUUGGGAUGGAGACCAUUAUCGAGGCGUUAUCCAGGCUAUAGCUGCUGAUGUCAGGGCUCAGGUGCGGAAAUACUUGGAUGGUGGUCGGGGGAGAACUAUAACAAGCGAUGCAGCUUUGCAGAAGCUUUUCGAUGACGGCGCUAUCAAAGCGAGCUUCAUACGAUACGACGACGACGGACCUACUACGCAGAUAUAUAUUCCUUACUUUACGAUACAGAAAUCAGUAGCAAAAAGUAGCAAGGGAGAAGCUACCCGUACUGUUCCCAAAAGGAAUACUCCUGAUGCGAGGGGCCAAAGACCAGAGGAUGUUUGGACACUCCAGCUAAAUAUCAGGCGCGGGAGGAUUAUGGUACGACAAGCCGUUGAUAUAACCUUGAAUGUCAAAGGGAAAGAUGUUAGCUUCUGGGGAAACAUCACCCUAGGAAUGUUGAGAACGGGAGAGGACUUAGUCGCAAGAGACUUUUUCACCGACGAAAUGGUUAUGCAACGAGACGACGCGAUAUCCCCACAGCACGUAGCGAAUGCCCUAAAAGCAGCUAAACAAAAUAGACCAGUUAUGUUCUGCAUUGCCGCGGAUAGCUAUUUUUGCAAUGAAAGUGGUUGGGAUGACCUUGAUGAAAUGGUCUGGGAAUCGAGUUUACCAGAAAAUCCUGGCGUCUACCUCAGGAGUCCGGGUUCUUCAAGCUCCUCCGAUCAAAACACCGGAGCCGAGGAUUCCAUCGCCAAAUUUAUGAACAAGACAUCCAAAGAUAAUCGCUCGGCACAGUUUAUCACCGGCAACACUUCAGGGAAUAACCAAUCAUCAAUUGCUUGUAUGAUAAUAUGGGGGGAACCCGACAAUAACGACCCGGACUCCAUCAACAAUUUUGUGGUAACUCAUUAUUUUGGAGGCGAUGUGGGGGAUCUGGUUGAGGAGCGAUUGCUUCGAUGGUCUACACUGCCCACGAGGAGCGGCAAGCGGAGGAAUCCUUUAAGGAUAUCUUGUCAUAAACUGUCCCAUCAUGGGUCCAAGUUUUCUACACCUAUUUAUAUGUUGUUUGCGUUGGACCCUUUGUACAUCAUCGGGCCGAAUGGACUACGGAAAGGUCAUAAUCACGUUUCCUGGGACACCCUACUCCUCAUCUAUGUCUGGACUUUUUGGACAUAUAGAAUAAAAGUGCCGUUUAGGCACCAUCAGCCCAGGCUAUUGUGCACCAAUUAUCCAAUAUACCUUGUCGCAUAUGAUAUAUACAAGACCAGCAAGGACUUCGAGGUACGAUUCGUCAACCCGGGAUCUAUUGCCUCCCUCGAUGAUAAUAAUAGUAAGGGGGAAGCUUUCCGAGAGAUUCUUGAUAUGCUACUAGAUAGUGCAGAGUCUCAAAACAAGUUGGAGGAUGGAAGACUUCGUUUACAGACUAAAUUAGGGGUUUGCCAAUUCCUUCGGGCCCGGUGGGAGAAAUUCUCCGUUGUCCCGGCUAGCGAAUACUACACACUUUCGAGGAGACCAAACAUCCAUAACAGCAUAAUGACAGCAGAAGGUCAAGGCGUUAGAGCCAUUCAAAUAUAUCAGUGGGAGAGAACUGGCAUGAAUAGUGGUAUUUAUGCCAUCGGAGUAAUUACUGGUCCCAAGUUAGAACUAUCGGCAACUUUGGCUGAGAUGAAAGAAGAUCUUGAAGAUGAUCUCCAAGUCGGGAACCCUAUAGGCGGUGGUGAUGACUUAACGAUUAAGACAUUUGGGGAGGCAGGUCGAGCAGAGUUCCUUGUCUUAAAGCCAUUAAACGACCGUACCAUGCGCGCUUUUGGUACAGAAAACUCUAUGAAUGAACCAAUGGGAGCUUAUACAAACUCAACCGUUGGAAAGCUUUUGCAAAUGCAGGAUGACGAUGACCCUGAUGACGCUGAAGACGCUGGAUUAGCUAAAGUACAAUCUUCAAGCGACGACACACGUAUGGACGUCGAGCGGCCUUCGAGGUCUGGGAGAGCGCUUUGGCGAGCUGGUCUCGAUGAGGAUUUAUGCUAUUUCGUUGCAUCGGAUGCAAAAAUCAUCAAAGAUAUCGCGAAUAAAACGACGACCACGGCAAAAAGCAACUUAGACCUUUUUCUGGGGAAGCUUCGAACCGGGGCCAUAGUGUUUCCAAACAAACUCGAUACCACAGCUGCUUGGAACGCUAUUGAUGGUUCGGACGAGUUAUAUCAAUGGUUCAUGACAGUGCUCGGAAGCUUCUUGGACGACAAAAACUAUAUCCUGAAAGGAAAAGCGAGUAAGACCGAUAUCGUUGCGUUCAAUUUCACGACUCGCCUUUCCACAGCCUUUACGAAUAGGGAAGACCCAUCUGCCAAAAUUCCGGCCUGCCAGGUUCCCAUCACUUUUUCAACCGAGUUCAAUUCCUAUGCAUUCAGCGAUGGAAGCGUUAAGUUACCAGACUGGCUACGCCUACCUGCAGAUAAGACAGAUAAUAGCAGCACCGAUACCAUUGGGCCUGGUCAGAUGUUGGUACUCAGUCUCGGAGCCUCAGCGGCAAACGAUAUGAAAGACAAAGGCUUUAGCCUCAGGGAUAUUUUGCAAUUAUUUGAGAUCAAGGUUUCAAAGACCUUGCAAAAGGUUUUAGACCUUUCAGACAAGGUCACUUUCAACUUGGAUGCAAGUCAAGGCUCUAAAAACACCCUCUGGUUUUUCCCGGAUGCGGAUUAUACAACGACCCUGAGAUUAUCUUUCGUACCCUCCGGCGAAACAACGGGGUUCCUUAAUCAGAUUUUGGACACACUUAAUAAUGUUACUGGGGCGAAAGUUGGUACUCUCGAAAUUUCCAAUGUUAAAUUAAUUGGAAAGAAAGUUUGGACGAGGGACUGGGUACGAAGUGUCGACUUUAAUUUCGCAUCCGAAACGGAAAUUAUUUUGUUGGCGAGAGUGAAGAUCAACAGUUCUGUCCAGGGAACACCGAAGUCAUUGCUCUUUGAUGCAGCAAUAGAGCUUGGGGAAAAGGUCACUAGCUUCGUCGUAACUUUGGACCCGAACAACCAAGGGAUGACAAUUCCCGAUUUAUUGGAUUUCUUGGUUUCAAUGCUUCCGGUACCUGCUGAUAUUUCACCAUCAAAGUUCCUUCCUGGGGCCCUCGAUGCUGUUAAACUUCGCAGAUUCAUGUUCUCGUCCCGGGAGAGAGGAACUGCAAAAAGUUUCGGUGUAGAAUUCCAAGUCAGUUGGGCGUCUAUGACCUUACAAUGCGCCAUAAAAGUUGAUCUUUUAAACGGGAACGUUUCGCCACAUUUUUAUGGCGGAUUAUUCCCCAAGAAUAAUCCAGCUCAGCUCGAAACAAGAUUCUCUUUCGUUCCUUUCACGCCGUCAUAUGAGAGUUGGGUCGCCACACCAGCCGUACCUACUGGUGAUGGCAAAUUAGGGAUCAUGGAUGUGGGGUCCGAUGUUGGAGAUACCAGAGCACUCUAUAAAGAGAUUACUGGUCUAGAUAUACCUACUCCACCAGUCAAUCUGGAACUGAUAGGGCUACAAUUCUAUGCUUCGAAAGAGUUGCUGAGUUUCUCGGGCACAGUUACCAGUCCUCCACCGGACGAGGGCGCAAAGGUGCCCAGGCUUAGACUUGCAGCCUGCACUUUGGAUGUCGAAUAUAACCUUUCCCAAAAAGAAUUGAAUAAAUUUCUAUUUGUUACGGGAAUUGUUCUAUCCUCGCCAAGUGGAGAUCGGUCAGCGAACUUUGGUCUUCAACUCGAAAAGCAAAAUGCAGGUUGGCUCUUGCAAGGAUACACUAAUGGCCUUAGUGGAGAUCUGUUGUACAGCCUAUUUGAUGAUGAUUGUAAUACUGAGAUUGCGAACUUCUUGAAGAACAUCAACUUUAGUAUUAACAUGUCUUAUUUCUACGGGCCUCAGGGCAGAGGGUCAAACUUUGCGCUUAAAGGGAUGCUGGGAAUUGGGAACUUUGACCUAGCCUACGACUACAUCCACAAUGGGGACACUCUAGCAGAUCCAAACAAACCUCGCUGGAGCUUCGAUGCUAGUCUUUCGGUAACUACCGAUACUUCAACCCUUCGAUCAAUCCUUAGCUCGCUAGUUGGGGAUGAAUUAGCAAACGGUCUUCCUGGUUUCUUGGGAGAUAUUGUCAUACUUCCCAGCGGGAAAACGGAGCUUACUUCGCUUCGAAUUGUUAAGCGACAAAGGUAUUUCGUUGUAGCACUGCGACUUCAUCUUGCUGAUGGUGCUUCAGUACACUUCUACCAGAUUCAACAAAAUAAGACUAGUCCCACAGAUAAGAACGCUUAUGACGCUAAGAGGAUUGUAUUAUUCUCGCUGGAAAGUUUGCCCAAGAUACCAGACAUCCCACUCAUCGGGGAGCUACCUCAGCCCUUCGAUGCUCUUGACUUUAGCUGGGUUAGUAGCUCAGGAAGUUCUGAUGGCUUCACAAGGGCAGAAGUCGACGAGUUGAAACUAGCGUUGAAGGAAGAUGAGAAACCCCCCGGAUAUAGAGACAACGUCAAACCAGAGAAGAGGCUGCCGGAAGAUAUUCUUAUAGGGAAUGGCUUUCAUUUUAUUGUAAAGAACCAACAGGAGACAAUCAUUGACUAUGUUUUCGGGAACAAAAAGAAAGAAGUCGAAAAGACAGGCAUGGAGCUCGAAGUCGCGGGCGGUGGGUCUGGUGGUAGCAGUUAUAUAAGCCCUUUGGAUAAAAAAAUUGGACCUGUGUCUUUGACCGGCCUUGGUAUCAAAUUCGAUAUGAAAAAUAGUACCUUGACGCUAGGAUUAAAUGGCAGUGUUACUCUUGGUCCCAUAGAGUUGAUUCUGAUGGGAUUUAGUGUCUCUUUUCAAUUCGACGGUCUCACUCUCAAGGACAUCACCAAAGUCAAGACUAGUUUUGGUCUUGACGGUCUUGGUGCUGCAUACCAGAAGCCACCACUGACAAUUGCCGGGUUAUUCUUACACCAGAAGACCGAAACCGUGGACGAAUAUCUAGGGGCCGCUGCUAUCGGAUUCGAACCGUACAUCUUCCAGGCGGCAGGGUACUAUGGCGAGGAGACUAUCAAGACCGUCUACAGGACGAAGGAUCGUACGGUCACUUCGUUCUUUACAUAUUGUCGCUUAGACGGACCAAUAGCUACCAUCGGAGUCGCAGAUAUCAAUGGCUUGACGGCCGGGUUCGGGUACAAUACAUUCUGUACCUUCCCCAACGCCAGCAACGUCAUGGACUUCCCUCUCAUUGGGGUCCCACAGUCAAAUAGUGUCGUUGAAGCCAUGUCUAAGUUGAUAAAUGGUAAUCCUGCAUGGUUCGGAAGAAAAGAGCACUCAUAUUGGUUCGCGGCAGGUAUAUCUGGUUCUGCACUAGAGACUUUGACGUUGAGUGCUGUUGUGGCAUUGGAGUUUAAUCCCCUUCCAAAACUGGGGAUAUUCGGUGUCGCGACCGCGGAAAUGCCAAAGAGGGCGCAACAAAAGCUUGCUAGAGUUCAAUUAGGAAUUGUAGCGACUCUAGACUUUGGAGCUGGUGUCUUGAGUAUUGAGGGACAGUUAACUCCUGCAUCUUUCGUUCUCGAUCCUAACUGUCAUCUUACUGGUGGAUUCGGCCUGUUCUACUGGUUUAAUCCAAGGGAUGAGACACUCAAGGGACAGUUCGUAUUUACAGUUGGAGGUUAUCACAAGGCUUUCCAAAGACCUUCCCAAUUUCCAAAUCCUCCUCGACUAGGCUUUAACUGGAAGUUCGACUCCGCCAUCAAUAUCGUUGGUGAAUCUUACUUUGCGAUCACACCUAAAGCAGUUAUGGGUGGAGGCCGUCUCCAUGUUUCACUAGACCUAGGUCCGCUUCAGGCAUGGUUCGAUGCAUGGGCCGACUUUUUAAUUAAUUAUAAACCCUUCCAUUUCAUGGCCGAAGGAGGAAUCUCAGUGGGUGUUCGUUUCGAGCUUGAUCUUUGGUUCGUUACGAUUACUAUUGAAGUUGAUAUCAGCGCCACCUUGUACCUUGAGGGUCCACCAGUGGCGGGUACCGUUCAUGUCGACUUCUGGGUCUUUGGCUUCGACAUCGAUUUCGGAAACAAGAAUUCCGGUGCUCUUGCUAAAUUGAAAUUACUAGAGUUCUUCAGAAUGGCGCUUCAACAGGAUACUAAGACUCCCACAGCAUUCUUAGAGAAUGGAGAAGAAGUUGAGAUUUCAGAGGCCGAUGAACCUGCAGCUCACGUCUUCUCUUGUACGAGCGGAUUGAUACCAGAUAAUAACUCUCCAAACGAUACAAGUGGAACACCAAAACCCUGGACAGUCCGUGGUGCAAUAUUCGCCUUUAACGUUUCCUGCAAAUUUCCGUUCAGAAAGGGUAAAGUAAUCACCGCUAUGUCCGGCGCCGACGAUCAGAAUUAUGAGUUCAGCGCAAAGUCAAAGGAUGAUAUCUUCGCAAAACCAAUGGGAUUAGUAAUACCCCUCGAGACGUCCGAUGUUCAAAUAAAAAUUGAACUGUUGAAGCCACAGGCCCAAGGAAUUGAUACCAAGGAUGCGAAGCUUCCGAAGUGGGACAAAGUGGAGACGGCGACUAGUCAACUCCCCUCAGCGCUUUGGGCGAAAUGUAAGCAACUUGCAGAUGCCUUCAAUUUCCAUAAGCACUCUAAUUACAUAGCUGACCCGGGAACCGCCCCUCGUCAUAUAACUCUAGACGCCACCGAUGAAGACCCAACGGGCGGCCGAAACGAUCAGGCAAAGCUCCUAAACAGUAAGCCCGAUGGUGCAAAAGACCUAACUACAGAUAUCAUCCUCUACGCCCCUCAAUCACUAAAGAGUGAAGACAAAAUUCCUCGUUUCGAUAUCACGAAGGCAUCGGAACUCCUGGCCGCGAGUGUUGAAUUCCCAGAACGAGAGAAGGAAUUAAAGAAUUGGAAACCAAAGCUCCCGUUGACUUCGACUCCAUGGUCAGAUGUUAAAGCGAAAUGGGUCACUCCGGAUCUCGGCACCGGUGCAGGGAAAAGUGCGGCGGCAAUCUGGGCUAAUAUGCUGGUGUUUGGAUGGGAUGCUGGGGAUAAGUGGAAUGGCGCGCCACCUGUAAGCUUGGUAACUAAAUUGGAGGAGAUGUACACGGAGAAGCCGUCAAUGACACAAGAAGGCGGGGUAUAA